CACAGUGGUUCGUGAACAUAAUCGACAGAAACUAUACUGAUGUUCGCACACAAUCCUAGUUUGGAUCACUUUUUCCAGCCGAUCGUCCGCAGCGUUGUAGUGUAGUUGACUACUCGAAUUAUGCGAGGACAAGCGAAGCAUCACGUCUGUCUUCUCGACAAGAAGAACCUUUUCAUCCACCAAACUCAAGAGGUUCUCUUCUCUUCGAUCGUGCUGUUUGAUCUUGAUGCACCAGAGCCAGAGGCUCUCACUUGCAUAAGAAGCUGUAUCUCUACGUCGUUUUCUUCAUUAUUCUCACUUUUCUUCCCAGGUUCACACCACACAGUGCCCCUCCCUUGGUCAAGAUACAAGCAUGAACCCUUGCAGCAAGAAAACACUACGAAAAAAAGUCGGGAAUUAGUCAAUUUAGCAAGCAGCUCAGCCGUAAUUGUGUCGCUACAUCAUGAUCUUUUAGUAUGAAUCUCUAACAAACCACAUCUUCACGGAGACGACUUCAGCAACAUCAACAUGGUGCGCGACGUGGAAAUUCCCAUGCAUGUCCUACCCACCUGGUCAAGCAGAGAGGUGUUGCGGACAGUGUCCCGACAAAACCUGUACCUCGCCUUUGGUUUUUGUGUCGUCACAAGUAUGGUGAAUAUCAGCUGGCCGUGGGUGUGGGAGAUCGGCUUGCAGCUGCGACCAGAGCACAGAAUACGAAGGGGAGUUUCAAAAAUGCUGACCAUCUUUGGCUCCUGUGUUGCGCUCGGCCAACUAAGCGCAAUCUACUGGUUCAGUGGCCGCAAGCCGCAGGACUACGUUAUCAACGAAGUCAAAGCACACCUGGCACAUGAGCUUUAGAUAAGAUAUUGACGCGACUCAGCAAAUGCACCCAGAACAAAACCGUGUCAUCUAGCGACUGAAAACAAUUCGAUUCGAAAAAAUUAGACUGUACAGAAAGAAGCGCAAGUGUGAUCAAUCACAAACGGUUUGCGUUUGAAUAUUAAGUACAAUCACAAUCUUCACAAUAUUAUACGAUUGGAUUAGCGUCACCUGUUGAUGAUGUUGCCUUGACCCUCGGCCAACGUUG